UUGUGGAAGUAGUGCUAAGAGUUCAUUAAGUUUGGGAAGCUUAAUCAGGAGGCAUGGUUAAAGAAAAAAAUUCAGAAGAGAAAUCACGCCGAGAAAAGCGAAAAGAAGCCCGAUUUGGAAAGAAAGCACAAAAGCAUCAAGCUUGGCUCCAACAUCAGGAAUAUCGAAAUCUUCGGAAAAAACCUGGGAAUUCAAACUCAAAAAAAGUGAGCAAAUUGAAUAAUUGUUAGAACAAAAUGUACAGGAGAAAGAAAUUUUACAAUCAAAGGGUAAAGCCUGAGAGACAUCAGAAUUCAGAGACUUCUAACAAGCCACUGUCUGUGGGACUUAAUGGUUCUAGUUCAUCAAAGGUGGUGGAAAGAAAGAAGGGUUCUAAAGGAAAUUUGAAAAAGACAAAGUUUGAAGAGUAUCUUGAGAUGGGGAUGCAGAGUGCUGCUGCAUCUGCAGAGGAGGAUUUGGAACUGGAAAGGAAACUUGCAAAGAAACUAAAGGUGAAGAGUGGAAAAUUGAGAGGAGAGGAUGAUGAUGUCAAUUUGUUAUUUGAAGGGUUCCCAUCUAUUAUCGAUUCUUUAGGGGAAGAACUCCCAAUUGCUGAGGGAUUUCCUGACAAGAGCUCUAAAAGUAAGAAACUUAAGAAGAAAAAAUUGUUGGAAGAAGGGCCAGAAAGUGACAUUUUAGGUGACCCUAGUGUUAGAUCUUCUAAAUCCAUUGAAACAUGUGAUGCAUUAAUGUCGGAAGAUGUUCCUGCUGAUGCGCCUUUGAGGAAGAAGCGUCGGAAAAGAAAGUUGUUGGAGCAAGGAAAAAAUGGUGAUGUGGUGGGUGAUACAAAUGUUAGUGCAUCCAAGCCAGUUGUGUCUUGUGCUGUAGAAGUGGUGUCGGAAGAAGUUCCUGGCAAGGCACCUGCGGGUAAGGGAGAUGGAAAAUAUGUUGCUCCUCAUUCAAGAGCUUGUUCACAAAAGGAAUCAGAACAGUAUCUCCAAAUACGCAGACAUAUACGAGGUCUUCUGAAUAGAUUGUCUGAAUCUAACGUGGAAUCAAUUACGGGGGAGAUCUCGAGAAUCCUUCUUUCUAUUGCUCGUGGUACUGCUUCCCAGAUAAUCAGUGAGGAGGUUUUGGCAUCUUGUUCUGGCGGUCCUCGUGGCAAUGAACACCGUGGCUUCCUUAGCCAACUUCCUAAAGAAGUUUUUGAGAAACUACUAUCUCACGAGUUGAGAUAG